AUGUCCUUUACAGACUCACACUUGCUGCUGCAGCGACAGACGCAGCUGCGGCCUCAGCAGCAAUUCAGAGCAGACAGCAAACUGGCGGAGGCGCCCCCUCUGCAGGAGGCCUGGGGGCCCCCGGAGAGGGUUCAGCAGCCCCAAUCUGCUGCAGCAGCAGCAGCAGCAGCAGCAGCUGCUGCUGCUGCUGCUGCUUCUCCUCGCCUCUUUUUCUCCACAGCGUUUCUCUACGACUCUUCAGACGACGAAGCAAACCAGCUAGACCUCUCCGUGCCCUUCCACAGGGGCCUCGAAGACCCCAGCAGCCCUGGGGGGCCCCCCGUGGGGAGCCCAGGGGGGGCCCCCCGCGGGGGCCCCAAGGGGGGCCGCCCCAGCUCCUUGCGAGUCAUUUUUGACUCUGCAGCGGGGCAGCGCCACGUGGAGUUGGGGCCCCUCAGAGAGCUAGACUGGUCUGAGCAGCUGUUUGUCCCUUUGGCUCCAAAGGAGGCAGCAGCAGUGAGAACAGAAGACCUUUUUGAGGGGCCCCAUGCAGAAAAUGGAGAAGAGCAGCAAGCUCCAGACGGCGCAGCAGCAGCAGCAGCAGCAGCAGCAGCAGCAGCAGCAGCAGCGGGGGCUCAGCAGCAGCUGCUGCUGCAGCGCGAGCGCCCGCCAAGCGCUUUCAGUGGCUGCAAGCUGGUCCCGAAGUCCCACAGCCAGGACCUGACCAGUGGUCCACCCCGGGACAACUGUGGGGGCCCCCAGGGCCCCAAACAAAGACCCAGCCAGCUUCUAUUUCCUUUUAGACUCAGAUCUCAAAGCCAGGGGGCCCUGAGGGCCCCAGAGGCCAUUAGAGAAUCUUGCAAAGCGCAGCUAAUGGGCAUCCCGGGCCCUCCAGCUUCUCCAGGGGCCCCGGGGGCCCUGGGGGCCUUGGGGGCCCUGGGGGCCCCGGGGGCCCCCAGAUGCCCAGGAGAAGCGGGUUUUCCAGAUUUUCCGAGAACUCCAGAGGCGUUUCAGGCCUUUGCUGCUUCUCAAGCCCCAGGGGCAAGAGAAGCUUCGAAAAUAGAAAUAAAAAGGGCCCCUCAGCGCCUUUUUUUGAGGCCCCCAGAGGCCACUAGCCCCAGAUCUAGCGGCCCCUGGGCCCUGGGGCCCCUGGGGGCCCCCAGGACUCCCGGGGGGCCCCCUGUGGGCCCCCCUGUGUUCUUCAGCACUCCCCGAGCUGUCUCUGCUCCGUCUCCCUACGAUGCUGCAGGGGGCCCUCUGCAUAUUCCUGUUGCUGCAGCGCAUCCUGUCCCUGCUGCUGCUGCUGCUGCUGCUGCAGCUUGCGGCAAGCUGGCCGGCUCCUGCUGUUCGCCUGUAUGGCUGCAGGUGCUGCAGCAGCAGCAGCAGCAGCAGCAGCAGCAGCACUACCCAGGACCUCCCCUGGGCCCCCCCUUUGCACCCCCGGGGCCCUACUGGGGCCCCGUGUUCCCUAUGAGGCCCUCCCCUUGGUGGGGCCCGGGCCCCUGGGUACCGCCGGGGGCCCCCCUAACCCCUUCAGGGCUGGGGGGCCCCCUCACGCGCUCCCUAGAACUUACCAGGGGCCCCCGCCAGCAGCUGCUGCACAGUUGCUCCAGCAGCAUGCUGCUUCGGGGGGCCCCAGGGGCCCCAGGGGCCCCAGGGGCCCCAGGGGCCCCAGGGGCCCCCCAGGUGGGGCCCCACGGCCUCAGAAGGAGUUCCAGUUUUGCCUCAAUUCAGAAAUUGGGGAGGGUGUUUGAUGCUGCAGCGCCAACGCAUCAGCAGCAAACACGGCAGCAGCAGCAACUGCAGCCGCAGCACCAGCAGCAGAAACAGCUACAGUUACAGCAGCAGCAACAGCAGCAGCAACAGCAGCAGCAACAGCACCAACAGCACCAAAUGCAGCAAGAGCAACAGCAACAGGAGCAACAGCAUCACCAACAACUUCCGGAGAAACAGCAGCGUCAAGUGCAGCAGGAGCAACAACAUCAUCAAAAGCAACAACCGCAGCAGCAGCAGCAAAUGCAGCAGCAGGAGCUGUCACAGCAGCAGGAGCAGCAGCAACAACAGCAACCUUUCUGUCCGGCACAAUCGAUGCAGCAGGAGCAGCAGGCCAGGCAGCCUCCAAUGCAGGAGCAACAGCAGCAUCAACAGCAGCUGCAGCAGCACCAGCAUCAACAGGAACUCACACUGCAGCAGCAGCAGCAGCAACAUCAACAGUUUCUGCAGCAGCAGCAGUCACUGGAGCAGCGCCAGCAACAACAGUCACUUCAGCAGCAGCAGCAGCAGCAGCAGCAUUUCCUGCAGCAGCAGCAGGAGCAGCAGCAACAACAGUUACAGCAGCAGGAGCGGCCGCAACAACAGUUGCAGCGGCAGGAGCAGCAGCAACAACAGUUGCAGGAGGAGGAGCAGCAGCAACAACAGCAGUCACUGCAGCAGCAACAACGACAGCAAACGCAACCACUGCAGCAGCAGCAGCAGCAGCAGCAGCAGCAACAAUCAGAGCAGCAGCAUCAGCCCUGCCCGCAGCAACAGUUUCCAGGAGAGUUUGAAAAGUAUUCAUUGAAGCAGCAAAACGCAAUUCCUUUCCUUACUGCCUGCAGCACAGAGCAGGCCCGCAAGCCCGGCCGCCGCCGCCUCCGCCGCUGCCGCAGCAGCAGCAGCAGCAGCAGCAGCAGCAAGAGCAGCAGGGCAGCACGCCCUCCUUUGCUGUCUCCUUCGCAGGCCUCUGUUGACAGCGAUCUGCCUCUAGGGGGGCCCCCUCCGCUGCUUGUCCCUCAGCAGCAGCAGCAGCAGCAGCAGCAGCAGCAGCAGCAGCAGCAGAAGAAGAAUGGGGCCCCUGAAGCAAAAGUGGAUCUAUCGAGGGGCGCAGGUGCAGCAGCUGCUGCGCGCAGCCGCCCUGAUGCAGCAGCAGCGCAGCAAAGCCGAAGAAGCAGCUAUACAGCUGACCAGCUGCUGCAGUGUGCUGCUGCUGCUGCUCCUGCUGCUCUUGCUGCUCCUACUGCUGCUGCUCCUCCUGUUUUUGCUGCUGGUCCUCGUGGAACUUCAGCUGCUGCGGCAUUUCGCCGCAACUCGGCAGCAACGGAGCGCAGUUGCACUCUGCAAAGCAGCAGCAGCAGCAGCAGCAGCAGCAGCACUAGCAGCAGCAGCAGCAGCAGCGAGUUCCCCAACAGCCCCUCUGACGGCACUGCAGAUGGCCUCCCAGAAAGCCCAGCAGCAAUUGGGGGCCGCAUUCUCCGAAGGUUGCAAACUUUGAAUUCCAUUUUGACUCGCCAGGACUCUUUUGAAGGAAGUCUUUCUCUCAGGGGGCCCCCAUCGAGGGCCCCCUCUGCUGUUGGAGGCCCUACUCUAGCCUCUAGGGGCCCCCCGGGGGCCCCCCCCAGGGGCCCCCUGUCUGCGCACAGCAGCAGCAGCUGCCCCAGGGCCCCCGAGCGCGCCUGUUCCUUAGGCCCGAGGGCCCCGCGUUCACUGGGGGCCCCUGAGGGGGCCCCCGGGGGCACUCAUAUUGAAGGGGAGGGGCCCUCUAGGGGGCCCCUUCCCUCAAUGCUGCCUCUUGGGGCCCCUGCUGCUGCUGCGGGAGGCCCCGCAAUGAGCAGCAGCCCGAGGGGCCUCUCCCUUGUGGCUGCAGGAGUCCCGCGGCUGACGCUGGCUGCUCUGAACUCCGCGGGGGGCCCCCCGGGGGCCCCCCCAGGCCCCGGGAUGGGGCCCCCCGGGGGGCCCCCAGGGUCCACUUUGCUGCCCCGCAGAGCUCUUAGCAGCUCUUUGCAAGCUCCUCGGUGGCCCCGAAAUCCACAGCCAGUAAAUUCCUUUACAGAAAAGCCCCUUAUGGAGCCUCAGGGGGUUCGAGAUCGAGAAAGAAAGAGAAAAGAGAAAGAAAGAACUUCCAAAAAAGAUCGAAAUUUGCACAAGUCCGCUGCAGCAGCUGGCGGGGAGCAGCAAAAGGGGAAAGAAGCAAAAGAAAGGCCUCGAAGAGGCUCCGUAAACUGCAGCACACAAACUGAAAUCUGCGAAUACCCAAAAGUUGAGCCAAAAGGGGUUCUUGGGGGCCCCCCAGGAGUCCCGCAGCCAGGGGGGGCCCCCCUUGAGGCUUCCCAGGCUGCAGCUGCCGCUGCCAGCAGCACGACAACCAUCAGCAUCAGCAGCAGCAGCAGCAGCAGCAGCAGCAGCAGCAGCAGAGCGCUCUGCAGCAGCAACGCGGCCAAAGAGGACCGAAAAGGGAGAAGUGAAAGCCUAGCAAAAUACUUUGACAGUGGGGGCCCCCCGCAGGAAAGCAGCCGCCAGGGGCCCCUGGGGGCCCCCGUGGAGCUCUUUGGGGGCCCCCUGGAGGCAGCAAAUGAGCAGCUUUCUUCGGAUUUCUUAACAGAUGAGGCCCUAUCCCCUCUGCGAGCCUCUCAGGCAAAUCUUGCGAACUCCACGGGGGCCCCCGGCUCCUUUUUAAGCGGGUUUUUUGGCUCUCUAGGCGACCCGGGGGCCCCUCCAGAGGCCUCCUUGGGGGCCUCGGGGGCCCCCACGGGCCCGCUAUCUACGGGGCUGGAGCUCUCUGGGGCUCUUCUGUCCUCUGGGGCCUCUUUAGCCAGCAGCUUGAGCAGCAGCAGCAGCAGCAGCAGCAGCAGCAGCAGCAGCAGCAGCAGCGCUGCCGAUGGAGCUCGACGCAGCUCUAGGGGCCCAGCUUGUGGGGCCCCCUCAAGGUCUAUAUGCACCCCCCGAAACCUGCAACGUCUGAACGUCCAGUGGGCCCUCUGGAGCGCCCACUAUGAGCCCGGGGGGCCCCCCGGGGGCCCCCUAGGGGGGCCCCUUGGGGGGCCCUUUGGGGGGCCCCCAGUGACGCCUGCGGGGUCUUCAGCUGCAGGGCAGUUGGGCGUGGAGGCCCUGACGCCAGCUGCUGCAGCUCUGUGGGGCCCUGCAGCAAAAUGCUGCAGCCGCCUCUGUGGCUUUCCUUCCUUAGGCGAGGCGCGGCGUGGCUGCAGCAGCUGUCACGUGGCUGUGGGCCUCCCGCAGCAGCAGCAGCAGCAGCAGCAGCAGCAGCAAGACUGGCCCGCAGCAGGGGCUGCCCGCGGCGCUUUUCAGGGCUUUGCAGUCUGCAGGUCAGCAGCAGCAAUCAGCAAGUUCUUUUCUCGUUUGUAA